UGAAGACUUUACAUUUGUUUCAAAUAUAAAUUAGGCAACCAAAGCCACAAGAUCCAGCAAUCAAGGAGAAUGGAAAUCACCUACAAGUAUCUUAUUUCCAUCAUCUUGCUUACUAUGGUCAUCACAGGAUCAUGUACCCAAUGUCCAUUGAACAGCCUUCUAAUUAUAACAAGAAGAACUGGAGCAAUAAUACAAGGCAAGCCUCAAUGGACAGUGCUUAUAGUCAACAAGUGCAAUUGUGCACUAAGCAAAAUAAUAUUAAAUUGUCAAGGGUUUCAAAGUACAAUGCCUAUUGAUCGUACAAUUCUUAUCAAGCAAGGUGAUUAUUGUUACUUAAAUAAUGGUCAUGCUUUGGUUGGUGGUGAUGGUAAUCAGUUUGCUUAUGCUUGGGAUUACCCUUUCAAUCUUUAUCCUGAAAGUGCUGUUACAGGUCCUCCUUGCAAAUAGUGUAUUCAAAAUAUGAAGGGUUAUGAUCCCAAAUCAAUAAACUUUACUUUUUGUGAUUUAUA